AUGUUAGCUGUGGGGCAAAUGGACGGACCUCGUCAGGGUGCAUUCUUCCUCAACACCCCUCCUUUAGCCGCACUGCACAGCAUGACCGAAAUGAAGACCCCUCUCUACCCGGCGUACCCGCUCCCAUCCACCGGCCCGGCGUCGUCCACCUCCCCGACCUCCACCUCUCCAAACCCGGGCGGAGUCCCGGUCUCCUCCCCGGGAAUCAAGACCUCCACAGCGGUGCUCUCCAGCCUCGGAUCGUCGCAGCUGUGCGGAGCCUCCGCCACCCCGCACGGAAUAAGCGACAUCCUCGGCCGGCCGGUCAUGUUCUCCGCGGGAGCUGCGACCUCUCCUGUCGGGCUGCUGAGCACUCUACCCCGCUUCAGCAGCCUGAGUCCGCCGCCUCCUCCGGGUCUUUACUUCAGCCCCAGUGCGGCCGCCGUGGCCGUGGCUCGAUACCCAAAACCUCUGGCUGAACUUCCAGGAAGGACCCCGAUAUUCUGGCCCGGGGUGGUUCAGAGCCCGCACUGGAGGGAUGCAAGAUUUGCAUGUUCACCUCAUCAGCACUCAGUGCUGCUGGAUAAGGACGGGAAGAGGAAACACACCAGACCCACCUUCUCCGGCCAGCAGAUUUUUGCUUUAGAAAAGACUUUUGAACAGACCAAGUAUUUAGCGGGACCGGAGAGAGCUCGCCUGGCAUAUUCACUGGGCAUGACCGAGAGCCAAGUCAAGGUUUGGUUCCAGAACCGGAGGACGAAGUGGAGGAAGCGACAUGCGGCUGAAAUGGCCACAGCCAAGAAGAAGCAGGACUCAGAGACUGAGAGACUGAAAGGAGCUUCAGACAAUGAGGAAGAUGAUGAUGAUUAUAAUAAACCUUUAGAUCCGAACUCGGACGAUGAGAAAAUCACUCAGCUGCUGAAGAAACACAAACCGAACCCGGGACUCAUAAUGCACUCAGAAACCGACAGUUCCUAAAAAUAAAGAAUAAUAAUAUUAAUAAUCACCGACACACCAGAGGAACCGAGGAGCACUGACGCUAAAUACAUGAUUAUUCAAAAACUGACUGUUUCCUGAUAGAAAUCUGUGUGUUUUCUGGAUGGACGGACGCCCAGAGACGCGGUGCGGUGGAGCCGGAGCCGAGCGCGUCUUCCUGCAACCGGACAGAAGCAGAGAACCGGGGCGCGUUUCUAUACAAGCACCGCGGGAUAGAAAUUAUAUUACUGUGAAUAUUUAUGUGUAAAAGAUCUUUUUGUAUAGUAAAACAAUUUAGGUUUUUUCUUCUUUUCCCUUAAUCACACAAGAGGAAGCGAAGCAUCUGAUCAGUAAUUAUUCAAACUCUCUCAACCUCAUAAAACUUUUACUAAAGAGAAUAAAAAUCUGAUUUUAAUGUUGAACCUUCAGAUAAAAACACAGUUUCGGCCUGACAGGUGAAAAU